AUGUCCACUUCAAACGUAUCAGCGGUUUCUUCUAAACAAAAGGAAGCUGCAGAGUUAACAGAAGAAUUAGAAUCCAUUCGGGCACUGAACGCUAAUCUUCAAACCUUUUUGGACUAUUUACAAACUUUUAGAAAGAACCUCAUCGAAGUGAACAACAAUUGCAAAGAAUUUCACAAAGUAAACAAGCAAUGGAUUGAAACAGUUUCUAAUAGCUAA